UGUUCACUCUCAGUUGGCCAACUUAAGCUCGCGGGCUAAUUUUUAUAAACAUAUUGACUUAGUUGAUUGGUUUUUCUUUUCUCCUUGAGCCCCUGUCAGCUGAGAGGAGCUUCCACUACGGCUUGAGAAAAUACCACAGAGCACUCUCAGCUACCUGAUGACUACACAGAUCUGUUAUACUCCUGGCUGAGUGCAGGACAGCUCACACAGUGGCCGCUGCUGAAAAAGGGGUUAUAUCUUUUCCAAGGAAAGAUUGGACAGUCACUGCUUUAACACAGAUACUCUUCUUUAUAAGCCCUCAAAUACGGAUAUCACCGCUUCACUGCACAGAAAUGUCCUGUCACUGGGUGUGUGGUGGGGGUAAGAGGCGAGUGUGAGGCGAGUGUGUCUCUUAGAGCAACAGCAGGCAACAGUUACUGGAUAUCUUCAGUGGACUUUCCAGCUUGUUUCGGACUGAAGAUACCCCCAGAGGUGGUUGUAAAGAGUCCACAGAGACAUUUUCAUCUCUCUUCACUGCAGCCCAUAAGGUCCUACCAUCACUUUUAGUCUCCAAGAUAUCCACGCCAACACAACCUGUGAAGUUAGCAACUCCUCCAGAAGUGGCAGAAACCUUUGGGAGAAGAGCCCAAUCAAAACCCACCAUGAGAGUCUCAGUUUCCCAACUGAAUGUGUGCAGACCGAAUCCUACCUACCUGAUGCCAAGUGACUUCAGACGGGCCUACUCACCAGCUGAUGGAUUGGCAGUAAAAGAUCCUGGAAAGAAGAAAGUACAACUUGUGCACUGCAGACUGAGCUAUACAGAGGAAGACAGAAAGCAGGAAGUGAUUGGUGGCUCAGAAAAGAACCUGCUCUCCUCACAGCUUUCUUACCGGUCUUGUGUUUAUCACGAGGUGCCUCUGAGGUGCACUAGAUCCUUUGUAUUUUUGGACAAGCCACUUUGUAUUUCCCUUGUGGAACUACAGGGGAAAGGAGCAUGUAAACCAGCUUUGUGUAGGUCUACUUUGUCAAUUCGCCUUGGUGCCUCGUCCUGCCACAGAUCCUCUAAAGAUAGCAAACCAGCCAAAAGAAAUGAGGGAUAUGUGAAAUCCAGAGCAGCCGUGUUGGACAGCAACCAACGUAAUGGCAGAGAGAGCACUUCAGGUCGCUGCAGAGGCCCUCCAUCAAAGCGCGGGGGCUACAGGUUCAACCGAACACCACCCGCUUGUGGUGUUAACAGCAAGAAUGAGGAUUCAGACACGCACUGCCUCAGCAAUACUUUGGGAUUAUUGUCAUUCAGAGGGCCAGGUCCCUCAAACACAAAGACUGGCACACAGAAGGGGAAUGCAGAUGAGGCAAGCUUCUCUGCAUGGAGAAAUUUCAGGCACAGGCAACACACUUUCAAAACUGGCUCAGUGGUCUCCGAAACAUGGAACAAGCAAGGAACAAGUGAAGAGACCUGGAAAGGGCAAAAAGAUGACUGUUCCACAGAAACUGAAAGAGUUCCCACUUUGGAUAAGACCUGUUAUUAUGAUUCCCAACUGAAGACCAGCUCUCUAGAAGGCACUCCCAAGACUCUCAGCCUUCAAGAGGCUUUGGAGCUCUUCAGACCAGACUUCAUCAGCCGAUCUCAGGGUCGGCUGAGGAGGUUGGAGCAAAGGGCCAGGAUAAGGAAAUCACUGCAGGACUCCAAUCCAGACCUGGUGCAGGGCCUUAGGGAAAAUCGUGUCAAGCAAAAGAGGAACUGCACCACACCAGAUCCACUUAGCGAUAACCUUUUCAAGCCUAGAGAGAGGUCUAUAUCGAGUAGAGAGAUGCAGCUGAGGUCCAGACGGAUUUACAACAUGCUGCCAGAGGUGACAAAGAGAAAGGAGGAGGAAAAAAGAAGGGCUGUAUCUCAAACCAACAGACUGCGGGCCGAAGUCUUUAAAAAGAGAAUUCUGGAUCAGGUCCUGCAAAGAUAAAUCAGACACCGGCGAAUGGGGAUACUUCGCUGACCACUCACUGAAUCUUCAAGCUUAACACUUUGCAAUAAUAAUUACUGUAUAACUUCUUUAAUUUCUUACUUAAGUCAUUGCUAUGUCAUUUGAUGUUGCAUUUUUGCAUCCUGUAACCAGAAAAAAAGAUAUUGCAGAUAUUGCUGCCAGGCUUUUAUUAGUUGAGGAUAAUUUAUUUUGGCUAUUAUCUGUUAUUGAUAUGAUUCAAUCUGACACUAAACAGAGAUGCCAGAUCAUUAUUAUUAAAUAGGCAAUUUUGUAAAAGUAGUCUGCAGGUGAAAAUUGCAUGAAGUGAAAUCUGUGUGAGAUCAAUUGUGUGCAAACAAUAACAAAGCCCACACACCCCACCUACCACCGACAAUUGCUCAUUACCGACAAAUGUGAUGAGUUUGUCAGUUGUCAGGUCUUUUUUGCUGGUCAAAUAAACAUGCAGCAGUCAAACAAAACAGACAUAAUCAUCUAAAUUGAGCAGUUUCUUUCCUUUCUUCAUUAGAAAUAUCUUUUUCCUCAAAUGUCGCUCAAGUGCUGCAAAAUAAACAGAACGUAUCCCUCGGAUGUUCUGCGUUAAAGUUAUUUUACAGGAAGUCAAGCCUUGGUGCUUUAAGCAGAAAACCUUGGCUGUCAUUGUUACUGUACAGUAGGUGUUCAUAAAGCAGGAGAGGGAGGCUAUGUUUCGUCAUUGACUUCACAUGUGCCUCGAGGCCUGUGGAACCUCCCAUCCGGAACAGUGGAAUUUCAAGCUAAUCGAACUCAGGAGACUCGCAGCACCCGUGAAAGGGGCCUUUGUCACACAGCUCCAAACCAAAGAUGACAUUGUAAUAAGAGAGGAGACUCCUGAGCACAGCCUGGGACCGCAGACCACAUAUACCUUGUAAAGGUGACUGACAACUCUGUGGCAUUUAAACAGUGCCUGCUGGGAUAAGGAGAGAAGACGGGAAGGACAUGUGCUGCAGGAAAAACACAGUAUAUUCAAAGAGUAAACUCUUUGGUGAGUCAGUUGCUUUGCAGUAAAUGCAAAAUGUUACGUUAAAUGUUUAAUAAAGGUUAAAUUUGCUUACUGCUGUAUUUCAUUCUCCACUAGGAUUAAAGUGAUUAAUUAAGGCCCUUAGGUGCAGUAAACAGCAUCAAUAACUACUGACUUUACUCCUGCCUGUGUUGUCAGGCCAGCAAAGCCAUUUUGCAAAAGUAAUGCGCACGGGAGAAAUGUCGUCCUGCCAUGUAGACUGGUUCCAGUUGAUGAACACAUACUGACAGGCAGUCGUAUAAGAGGAGACGAGUGCUUGUCAGUCAGCCCGUCUCUCUCUGAGGCAUCAUGUGUCUGUAUGUCACAGCGUUAUCUCCGCAGAAUGUGUACUAUGUGCUCUGAGGCCCCUCAGCUGGCUUCCCAAUGGCUUUGACUGACUCAACUGCCCUGAGGGGUAAGGCUGAUAUGGCAGGCUUAGAAAGAAGUGAUUUUACGGUGCUAAAUGUGUAUGUCCAUGCAAAGCCACUCAUUACAAGCGUUAAGUCAUUAGGCAUAUCCCUAGCAGGCAUGCUAUUUGAACAUCUAGCCUCAAUGACAUCAUGUGUUUUUAUAUUUAGGUGUAUUAAGGCUUUAAAGCCAUCAACGAAUCUCAGGCUGAACAAUAGGUAGUCAUUUAAAAAGACAAAACUAUAUCAGUUCUGUACUAUAGAUAUGCAUCAAUAACAGCUCAACAAGGUUCAAUCAUUUUCUUCAGAGAAAAUUAAAAUCUACAUAAACUGUCUGACACACUUUUAAAGACCUAACGCAGACAUAACUCCAGUCAGCUCAGGCAAAGCGAUGAAAUUCUUCCUCUUUCUCCCUUGCUCUGUUUUCCUUUUUUUUCAGUUUGUAACCUCAGUGGAAAUGUGAAGUGAAAUGACGCCUGCGCAGAGAGACAUCUGUGACUUUUUUGCCUGCAGCACACUCUCUAAAAAAGAUUAGGCUAAACCACACCAGGUAGCCUGUGCAGAACACAGAUGGGGCCUGAUUUAUGGCGGUUUGUGUGCCUGGGCACAGAGACGGAGUGAAACAGGAAGAGGAGAUGAAAUAAGAGGUGACUCAUAUUUUUUAAUAUAGAUCGUUCUGAGAAAUUGAAUCAUGCUAGUUCAGUCAAGGUCUUACAUUUAUUCCAUCAGUCAUUACAAUUAUAAGUUGUGCAGAUAACUAGGUCUAUGGUUUAACGCCACAUCUUACUUCAAAGUUUGCCACGCAAAAAAAAAAAGACAAAGAAAACUUAUAGGAGCAAAUCAGGGCACAACAGGUUUAAAAGGCUUAGUAUUUUAAAAAUGUCAGCUCAGAAACCUCACGAGUCUACAUUCAAAGAUUUUAUUCUACACAACUCAUCACAGAAUUUCUCACGAUCAUUUCCAACAAAUUACAUCCCAAGCGAUGCUGUGGUAAAACUCGCUAACCCCCCUUGGGCCCUGCCCUUUUCAGAGCUGAUUUCUGCAUCUCACUUGUGUGGAUCUCAGCCGCUGCAUCCAUCACAUCCUUGAGAAAGUCAGAAAAAAGCCAGUCAUCGCAAUUCACCCUGGACCCGCUAGAUGAAAGAAGACAUUUGUCUGUGUUUCAAGCAUGUGUAGGAGGACUAAGACUAAAUAAGCAAGAUCAAUAUUUGUUGUGUUCAUGGAAUUAAUUGGUUUAAAUCUGUCUACAAUUAUUUGACAUAUAAACAAAUGUUUAAAUCUGCAGAUUACUUCCAUGAAGAAGUGGUUGGAGAAAAGCCACAUUUGUGUAUCCUGGUAACAUGCUCUGAGAAAUAUACAGAAAAUCAAACACACUGAUCUGGUUUUUAUGUUUCCUGUUAAGUUGUGAGAAGCCAGGAAAAGAGAGCUUGAAGAUUAAUAAUAAUAAGAGGAAGAUAUGCACAGUAGGUUACAUUAUAUUCUCUGUAAAAUCCUUUCUUUACAGCCUACGCACAUCCCUUCUCAGAAGCAGACUGUUCAAGACAAAGCUGUCUGAUUUCUUUAGACUUGUAAAUCAAUUCAUUAAUUUCACAAUUUUAUGUAAAUUCAGAUUUAUUUAUUUAUUUAUUUAUUAUACACUUUCAUAUAUUUCAUUUUAUUUUUUCUCCUUAUUCUUUUGCUGCUCUAGUUAUAUUUUUCCUGAAUAACAUGUUUUGUCAUUGUAAGGCUGGCAGUGUGUCAAUAUGUAUAUUUUAUUUCUUUAAAUGCGCCUACUCUUUGUUGACAACAAGCUAAUUAACUAUCACAGACACAUACAGGGCAAAAAAAAGAAAAAAGAAAAACUAUAACUAACUAGCAUCCCCCCUGCAGAGUUCAGGGGAAAAAUCUAUGCAUUAAUUGAUUUACAUUAUCCACUCGCAAUGUUCUCUGAACAGAAAGCAAAACUUAUAUGAUACUGCUAUUAGUAAAUACAUUUGCUUAUAUAGACCAAUCCCAGUCCAGCAGUAAAACUAACAUUGUAUGAGAAAGUAGUGCAAACUGCAUUAAUAAAUAAUAUGUACACUAUAAAUCUAAGAAAAAUAGCUGCAUGAAGGUAUACUACAGAAGUGUGUGUACAACCAUGUGCCUGAAAGCUGUUUUCACCUCUCAAAAUACACAGUUAUUAUACAGUGUUAUGUAUCGCCGAUUUCAUAAAAGAUUAUGCUAAUAUAAUUAUUUUUUAUUUUUUUAAUCUCCAGGUUUCACAAGUGGCUAUUACUGCUUAAGAAAAAAAAUGUCCUUGAAUGUCCAGAUUAGAUUUAGUUGAAUGAAUAUGAUUUUUAUGGGAGAAAAUAUCAGAUAAUUUCAGUGGACUGGCAGCAAACUCAUUAAAAUUGUUAAUGAUUGGUUUUGGGGUGAGGGGGUGAACUCAUUUCGGUUUCUAUUGUGAAAAAGUUCAAGAACUUGAAGGUUUGACUCCGUUGUAGGUAAAGGGAAACAAAGAACGACAGCAGUCUUACGGGUGAUGGACUUUAGGACCCAGAGGCGUGUGAAGAGCACAUGGCAAACUGUAGCUGCUCUGGGUCUAGAGGGGAUGGCAAGUCCGCUUCACUAUACUCUCCAACAGUCUCCUCUCAUUCUGUCUGUUCUGUCGCUUUCUAACACCCUCCUCACAUCAGCAACACCCUUUCCCAGAAACAUUUAGCUAACACUUGCCGCUUAUCUCUCGUUUUCUCCCCUCACCGUUGUCCACCAUAUGUUUGGUGUUGCAUGGAAAAGUUUCUGACAGCUUCUUUCUUGGAGUGACAGCCUGCCGCAUCUUGUUGGGAGUCUGGGUGGUGAAGUCUGUUUUCCUCCCCUUCUUCUUUUUCCCUCGCACUCACUGUGAACUGCUUUGACCCGUAUCUCCAUCCUGUCACCAGUGUUGAAGCAUCUGGUGGUAGCUACGUUAAUAACGCAGUCUGACCGGAGCGCUUUUCCUCAUUUCACCCUACCGAACCCGGGCAUGAUGCGAACCUGGAGGCGGCGGAAGAACUUUGGCUUCCUGAUCCUCGCUCUCCGAGUCUGGUGCCUGUCCACGGCAGCAAUACAUGCUGACAGCAUGGUUUACAACAUACAGAGGGGAAGUAGUCCAGCCGAACAGAGCGGGGAGGCAACCAGACCGCAAACUUAUGAGACCGCCAUACCUCUGUUGCUGAAGGGCAAAGAGCGCAGACCUCUCAGCCAACUCACAUCUGGGAGAUAUCCUGCAUCGCUGCAGCUGCUGGUGCCUGCAGAAGGUGAACAGCUGAUCCUGUUGCUGGAGAAAAAUGAGGGUCUUUUUGCCAGCCAUUACACCGAGACACAUUACCGGGAGGAUGGAAGUGCAGUCACCGGUGCUCACAACUUCACGAGUCACUGCUACUACCACGGGGAAGUGCAGGCGCAUCCCAGCUCUGACGUUACCCUCAGUACCUGCUCAGGCCUUCGAGGCUUCAUCGCACUUGAAAACAAGACAUUUAUCAUUGAGCCUGUGUCUGGCGAUGACACCGGAGUUCACUUCAUUUACCGAGUGGAAGAGCUCAGACUGACCCCCGGAGCCUGCGGCCACAGCUUCAACACGUCCUCAGUUGCCUCUGAAAACCACAUUGAAAGCCCCUUCAAGACUUUCCACACAAGGCAUAAAAGACAUGCUCAGAAGACAACCAAAUAUGUCGAGCUGAUCAUUGUUGCAGACAACAGAGAGUUUCAGAAACAAGGAAAGGACUUGGAGAAGGUGAAGCAGAGACUGGUAGAGAUAGCCAAUUAUGUGGACAAGUUCUACAGGGCCCUGAACAUCCGGGUGGCCCUUGUGGGUCUGGAGGUGUGGAGCGACUCUGAUAAAUGUCCCAUCACCCAAGAUCCCUUCACCACCCUGCACGAGUUCUUAGACUGGAGGAAAGUCAAACUGCUUCCCCAGAAACCUCACGACAAUGCUCAGCUUAUAAGUGGGGUUUACUUCCAGGGCACCACCAUUGGCAUGGCACCCAUUAUGAGUAUGUGCACUGCUGAGCAGUCUGGAGGUAUUGUCAUGGAUCACUCCGACAACCCGCUGGGUGCAGCCGUGACUUUAGCACAUGAGCUGGGUCACAAUUUCGGCAUGAACCAUGACACCCCAGAGCGCGGCUGCGGCUGCAGGAUGACCGUUGAUCGCGGCGGCUGCAUCAUGACCCCCUCCACAGGGUAUCCCUUUCCAACCGUGUUCAGCACAUGCAGUAAGAAGGACCUUGCCGCCAGUCUGGAGAAAGGCGUGGGAAUGUGUUUGUACAACAUGCCCGAGGUCAAGGUGCUUUACGGAGGCCAAAAAUGCGGCAAUGGCUAUGUGGAGGAGGGAGAAGAGUGUGACUGCGGGGAGCCAGAGGAAUGCAUGAACCCGUGCUGCAAUGCCACCACAUGCACCCUGAAAGAAGAUGCUGUGUGUGCCCACGGACAGUGCUGUGAAGGCUGCAGACUCAAACCUGCUGGCACCCUUUGCCGGGAAACCAGUAACUCAUGUGACCUGCCAGAGUUCUGUACUGGUGCCAGCCCUCACUGCCCAGCCAACGUUUAUCUACAUGAUGGACAUGCCUGCCACAACGUUGACGGCUACUGCUACAAUGGCAUCUGCCAGACUCACGAGCAGCAAUGCAUCACUCUGUGGGGAGCAGGAGCAAAGCCCGCCCCUGGGAUCUGCUUUGAGAGAGUCAACUCUGCAGGUGAUCCUUACGGGAACUGCGGGAAGGACUCCAAAGGCUCCUUUGCCAAAUGUGAUGCAAGUGAUGCAAAGUGUGGUAAAAUCCAGUGCCAGGGUGGAGCCAACCGCCCAGUGAUCGGAACAAAUGCCGUGUCCAUUGAAACUAACAUCCCUCUGCAAGAAGGAGGACGUAUUCUGUGUCGAGGAACACAUGUUUACCUGGGCGAUGACAUGCCUGACCCUGGGCUGGUGCUGGCUGGCACAAAGUGUGGAGACAACAUGGUGUGCCUGAAUCGGCAAUGCCAGAAUGUCAGCGUCUUUGGUGUGCAUGAGUGCUCGGGAAAGUGCAGUGGACGUGGGGUUUGCAACAACAAGAAGAACUGCCACUGUGAAGCACACUGGGCCCCGCCGUUCUGCGAGACAGCCGGCUUUGGUGGGAGCAUUGACAGCGGGCCAAUGAGAGCUGCAGAUGUGCGUGUGUGUGUAUUAAUGUGCGUGUUGUCAUAUAUGGCAUCAGCUGACACCGUGCUGAUUACUGUGGCAAUCCUGGUCACCCUGGUGAGCCUACUGGUAGCCACCGUAAUCAUCUUUCUGAAGAGGAAGACUCUGCUGCGCUUCCUCUUCACCAAUAAGAAGAGCACCUUGGAGAAACUCAGAUCCGUGGAAGCUACCAGGCCAACCAGCCCCAUCAGAAGCGAGUCCAUGUACAGACCCACACCGCAGCGCAAGCCUCCCCCCAAACCCUCUGGGGCUAACAUUUUUAAGCCGUCUCUCCUGAGUGCAGAGCCUCUUCUCCCACCGCACAACUUCCACUCUCACAGCCUGCGCAGGCUGCCCCUCUACCAGCCCCUCCACAUCAGUCAGCCCAUGCCGGUGUCUCUCAGUGUGGGGCAGCCCACCCUGCCUCCUCUGCCGGCACACUACAAAGUCCUGCCGACGCACGCGUCCAGCUCGCCGCCACCUAGGGUGCAACCUUUUCUCAGCCUGCCACGCCAUCAGUCAUCAUACAGAGUGGACCAGGACUUUGAGAAGCCCAGUCCACCCCAGAAGCCCCUACCUGCCGACCCACUAGGGAGGAGCUCUCGACUGGGUCACAGUGCCGCAACAGCAGGGGGGCACAUCCCCGGGAAAGCAGCCCUACCCAUACCUAUCCCCACUGUGCCAAGGCCUCCACCCUCCAUCCCUUUACCCAGCAGACCUGCACCGGCACUGCCAUACAGACCACCAAAGACUCAAAAGGACUGUUGAGCUCUCAACUUCACGGACAUGUAGAUCUCCGACUAAUAGAUGGAGACUUUCUUAAUUUGCACUAAUUGCUGAGACUCUGUUAGACCUUUGGGACAGUUGGAAGUGUCACAGAGUUCCCAGUAAAAACGGGGGCUAACAUCAAACCUUGAUGCUACGCCUCUAAAAGGUGCUUUGUCAUCCUUGCUCAGGUACCAGUGAACUAUUUAUCUAUUUAACUAUUUAACUACCGGUUUGUGCAAAGAGGACUCUGAUGAGGGAUGAUUCUCCUCGUGGGAAACUCGAGGAAAAGACGAACACGAGGCGUCAUUACGGACACUUCGUUUUUGCAUUCUGUGAUUGUUUUUAUACAUUUUCUUCUAAACAAAAUGCUGAAAUAUAAAGUCUUUUUUAUAACUCGUCACGUUGCUUGAAUAAUCGAAGUGCAAAACAUUUUGUUUUUUGACUUGGAUGAUGAUAAAUGGAAAUAGAGGACGAGUCAGUAAGUAGUCCACAUAGCUGGUGGCCCUUGGCGCAAUGUUAUUUCUCCGUUUUUUUCAUUUUUAUUACGUUCUGAACACCAAAUAGGUCCUCUAUGUCCUUGUUGCCUCAGUGCUAAAAAAAAUACGUAUUACUCAAAUCUCCUCUUUUUGUGAAAAUACGGCUAUUUUCUUCAUGAAUCAUCUAAACGCUGGAUGAAAAGAAUUUGAUUCCCUUUUAAGACGUAGACUACAUUUUUAUUGUGGCAUUAAUCCGCUCCCUUUACAGUCUGUGCACCAGGCUCUUUUAUUCCUUAUAAGUUCAUUUUUGCAGGAAAGUACAAAGAGAAAAAGUAAUUUUCACACACCUCAGCCUGCCUCUGACAUACUGCUCGGGGCAUGCGUUGGACUCUAGACAUGUUUUCUCCUGAUACUGGCAAGCGCUGUGGAGUGUCAACAGACUUGACAGACUGACUGUGUUCCAGAGAAUUACACCAACACCGAAUAAUUCAACAUCAAUACUGGCGUUUGUAUGUUUAACGUUUGCGCUCGCCUCGUCCUUGAGAGGGUGAGCCAGGCCGGAUGACUUCAGCGCCACGAGCUUUCCAGCGAGAUGUUUUACCAUAUCCGUCCUGUUCUUUUUGUUUCUUUCACAACAUUCCUUUUGGAGUUUCUAUGACUUCACUGUUGUCGAACGCCGAGCUCACUCACGCAUUCACAGCGGCGCUCAUUGCACCCCAGAGCUUGAGUCAGGCUCUUUUUCUUUCUUUUUUUUCUGUGUUAUUUGUUGACUUGAGGGAUUCAAUUGUUAACUUCACAGCGCAACGUGUCAGUGUUUGCAUAAGGCAUUUUGUACUUGCAGUGUAUCCGAAUGCAGUGCUUGUUCUGUCACAGCUGCAGAAUGACUGAAGCCAGUCACGCCCUGCAUACCUGCAUUGUGUUUUUGUAGUAUCUAAAUGAUGCUUUAUUUCCUUUGUUUUGGAUGUGUUCAGAUGUGUUCAACAGAGUCGCCGCUCUGCUGGAAAAUAUGUCUUAUUGCUGUGUCAAUUAGCUGUUCAAUGUUUAUGCCAUCUGUAAAAACCUAAAUGUACUGUGUUUAUUAAAUUUUAAGUGUAACAUGUUUAAAAACCAUUGUAAGGUGUAAAUGUCAAUUUUUCUUAUUUUUCUUUUGUUGUUUUCUUCUUCUGUUUUUUUAAGCACAGAAAUGUAAAGAACUGCUUUGAGACGUUGCCCCUAUUACAUUAGGAGGUGAAAACAUGAUGUUGGAUGAUUUCCAACGUUUUAAAAGAAUGACAAAGGUGUCAGGAUUACAUUUCAGCUGUGAGAAGACAUCAGAGCCAAUUAAAUGUCCCCUGUUUACAAGA